CCUCCUGACAUCAUCCAUGCUGAGUUGGAGUGCUGUUUCAACAUCUUGUAUUUGCUAGCGUGCUCUCUGGCUUCUAGAAAUCUGUUGAAAUCUCUGAGGUAUCUUGCAUUGCCAAAUGAUCACAGAAUACUGGCAACAAAUCAGCGGAGAGUUAAAACUGACUCCUAAGAGGUCUGACUCUGGUCCUUCCGUCAUUCAUUAACCAUAGUACAACUUCAUUUCAUUUCUGUUUCUUUCUAUUUUGAGGUUUUGGCGAAGACAUUCCUGAAGAAUUGUCCAAGGUUUCCUCUGCGAAAAUGGCCAAGCUGACAGCUGUUCCUCUCAGUGCACUUGUUGAUGAGCCUGUGCAUAUCCGGGUCACAGGCCUGACCCCCUUCCAGGUGGUGUGCCUUCAGGCAUCAAUGAAAGAUGAGAAGGGAAACCUGUUUCAUUCUCAGGCCUUCUACAGGGCCAGUGAAGUGGGUGAGGUAGAUCUGGAACGUGAUUCCUCUCUUGGAGGAGACUAUAUGGGGGUCCACCCCAUGGGUCUUUUCUGGUCCAUGAAACCUGAAAAGCUAUUGACUAGAUUGGUAAAAAGAGAUGUGAUGAAUAGGCCCCACAAAGUCCACAUAAAACUUUGCCAUCCAUACUUUCCAGUAGAAGGCAAAGUUAUCAGUUCCUCCUUGGAUAGUGUGAUUCUGGAAAGGUGGUAUGUGGCACCUGGUGUCACUAGGAUCCACGUAAAGGAAGGCCGCAUCCGGGGAGCCCUGUUUCUGCCUCCAGGAGAAGGUCCUUUCCCAGGGGUCAUUGACUUGUUUGGAGGAGCUGGUGGACUGUUUGAGUUCCGGGCCAGCCUCCUGGCCAGUCAUGGCUUUGCCACUUUAGCUCUGGCUUAUUGGGGCUAUGAUGACCUGCCCUCUCGACUGGAGAAGGUAGAUCUAGAGUAUUUUGAAGAAGGUGUAGAGUUUCUCCUGAGACAUCCUAAGGUCCUGGGCCCAGGGGUUGGCGUCCUUUCUGUGUGCAUUGGAGCAGAGAUUGGACUUUCUAUGGCUAUUAACCUAAAACAGAUAACAGCCACUGUACUUAUAAAUGGGCCUAAUUUUGUUUCUAGCAAUCCACAUGUAUAUCGUGGUAAGGUCUUCCAGCCUACACCCUGCAGUGAAGAAUUUGUAACCACCAAUGCCUUGGGACUUGUAGAGUUCUAUCGAACCUUUGAGGAAACUGCAGAUAAGGAUACCAAAUACUGUUUUCCCAUUGAAAAAGCUCACGGACACUUUCUUUUCGUGGUGGGAGAAGAUGAUAAGAAUCUCAACAGCAAAGUGCAUGCUGAGCAAGCCACAGCCCAGCUGAUGAAAAGUGGGAAGAAGAACUGGACUCUGCUGUCUUACCCUGGGGCAGGUCACCUGAUUGAGCCCCCCUACUCCCCACUGUGCCCAGCCUCAAGGACACCCUUUGUAAUCCCAAGCAUCAGUUGGGGAGGAGAGGUUAUCCCGCACGCAGCCGCUCAGGAACAUUCUUGGAAGGAGAUACAGAAAUUUCUCAAGCAGCAUCUUAAUCCAGGUUUCAACAGUCAGCUAUGAGUGGACUUGAUUAUAUUACUGGAAAGAGGAGCUGGGCAUAUCCUGGCCAGCUCCACUCCUCACUUCCAUAGAGGAAUGUCUUUAAUCUCUUAUCAUGUGAGGAAGGAGAGUACCACCAGAAAAUGCCGGAGGACAGAGAGUGAUAACAUCAUGACUUUGGAAGGGGAGAUAUGUCUUCCAUGGAAUAAAAUGUCCCUCAGUGAGAGCCCUAUAUCUGUAUAAAUAAAAUCUUAGGGUUUUCCUAAAAUGUUCAACACCACAGCAACUUUCUGUAAUGAUAAUUAUCAAGGAAAUUAUCAGUGAUAAUCCACAGGAUACUUUGGUUUAUAAAAGAGACAUGAAAAGAAUUAUAUAUUAUUUUCUUAAAACUCACAUUAAAUAUGCUUAGAUCAUUCUUGUCAUUGGAGAUCUAGAGACAUGCGUUUUAAGGCAUUGUGAAUGUUUGUACUUAUGCAGGAGUAUCGAACCAGUUUACAAACAACAACUUAGAAAAUAUUAACGCAAUCACUUUUGCCUCUAAACAUUUGCUGCAUUUGCACAUUCUCUGUGCAGGAGGAGCACCCUGAGAUGUGCUGGGGUGCAGCGAAGGGAAGCACACAUGGUGGAGCUGACUGUGGCCCUCUAGAUUAGGGGUGAGCAUCCUUGUUUAAUUGUUUCUGUAAAGUGCUAUCCUGUGAAUAGUUUCAACCUUGUCAUCCAUACAUGGCUCCUGUCCAUGUGCUGCACUCUGCUAUGAUAAUAGGGAAGUAAGUUCCUGUCAAACUUUAAUCAUGUCUACCGAAAUUUACAUUUAGUAAUCUCAUUUGGAAAACAGUAAUUUUCUCUAAAGUUUUUUCCGGUAUUUGCAAAUAUAUAUAAACCAUUUUUAAUACAUGGGCAGCAUAAUGGCAUAAUUGCUAGAGCAUCCAAAAUGGCCAUCAGUCUUCUCCAAAGGUCAAAUCAUGGCACAAAUAUUCCUGAGUUACUAAGUUGCAAUGGGUAUAAGAUGAGGGUAAGUGGUGGAUUACAGGGUUAAGACAUACAUGUAGACAUACACUUCAGAUCAUUUUUAAAGCAUGAUGGGGACCCAGUAAAGAAUUAACACAGUAGCAACAUGAAGACACUUCUGGAAUGUCUGCCUAGACUCUUUUACUUCUGUCUGCUUUGUGAUAGUGUUUCUGCUUAAAUUAAAAAACAAGCCUAUCUGUUUAGGGUGGAAUAAA